CUACGCCCUGUUUCAUCUGUACCUCAGAGACUUCAGCACGUUUGUCGGGACAGUUGAGACGCUAUUUUCUACAAUUCUGGGCAAGUUUGAUUUCCAAGACAUGAUAUCAGUGAACCGCAUCCUCAGCCCAGUGUUCUUCUUCACCUAUGUCGUCAUCAUUGUCUUUGUCAUGCUCAGCAUGUUUCUGUCCAUCAUCAACGAGACAUUUGGAAAGGUCCGUCGAGACAACAAAGCACUUGAGAAUGAGCUGGAGAUUGUUGAGUUCAUGAUGGAAAGGUUCAAGAGAUGGAGUAACUUUUCUGAAAGACGCUUGAUGAAGAAACCGACCAAGACAUACAACUACACCGAGGCCAUAGAUCCCAAGGACGUAGAAUGUGACGAGCUUAGAGACAAGUUGAGUAACAUGGUUGAUCGACUCAACCAAUUCAUCCGCUCGGAGAAAGGCAUGACAGGACAGAAGGUAGAGGAUAGGAAGAUCUUCCUCUGUCCUUAGGACCGACUCGGACGAUCUGAUUACAUCCCAGGGUCUGAGAGAAUAUAGAUGAUAAUUUAAUUCGGUGCAGUCUUUAUAAUGUGAGCCUGUUCCCAACUUGGUCUUUCAAGACUCAACCAAAGGGCAUAUAU